UUUUAUAAUCAAAUAUUAUUUAUUGUAUAUCAAUUAAAAAUUUAUUUAUUGUACAUUUUCUUUAAGGUUUUUAACGGUAUAUUUAAUUACUCUAAGAUUUCUUUAAACUCUUAUAAUAACUUAGACUUUGGAUUAGUAUAGAUUAAAUAAAUCUUUCUAGAUAAAAUAAAUCUUUCAAGAAUUUUUGUAAGCACUUUUUCAAUAAUAAGUUUAGUUUCCUUCCCAAAUAUAAUUUCUUCUUUAUGCUAAGGAAAUUUUUUAGCGAAUACAAUUAAUAAUAACAAUAUAAAAUAAAUGUAGUAACAAGCGUCUUUGAUUAUCCGUAAUGUUUAUUAAUGCUAUUAUCUUUUUUAUUGCAAUUUCAAUUUAUUUUUUUCAACAAAUUGAAACAACAUACUGCGACUACAAUAAUUGAGACUCUUUCUCGCCAUGGGUGAGUUAUUUUUCAAUUUUUUAAUUUUAAUAUUUUAAAAACAUUAUAAAAGAUAUGUGUUUAACUUUGAAAAAAGUAUUAUUUUCAACAAUUUUUCGUAACAAGAUAUUGCAAAUCUCCAAGGAACAAUGUCAUUAAAAAUUUCGAAAUCAUUUUCUUCUAUUUAAUUUGCGAAUAAAAAUAAAUUCAAUUCAUUUUUAUGAAAAUAAAUAAUUGAUAUAGCAAAAAUGUAAACUAUUAAUCUCAGACUCGAUACAAGCAUUGUCUCUGAUAUGAUUGUUUAAACAGAUUUGCAUUAUAUAUUGUCUUCAAAUAAUCCUUAAACUUUCUUCACUAAAAAUCAUAAUUUAUAUCAUAAAAAAAUAGAUCAUUUAGAAAUUUCCCACCAAUUCUGCAAUAUAUUUUAUCGAUAAUUUAAUUUUCGAAUUUUUUUUUUCCCUACUACUUUCAAUAUCAACAAAAUGACCGACAGCAAUGUAAACAAUGAAAAUACUAUUUAAAUACCGAAUUUUCAAAAUAUUCCGUAAAAUAGUCUUUCUCUAAGUGUGGAUUUACAGGUUAAAUUUUAUUGAUACAUACUUCUUCGAUAUUCUUCGAUAUAAAAAUGAAACGAAAUGCAAGUUAUUUUCAUCGCGAUGAAAAAUUUAAAAAAUCACGUAGUGAUAAUAGUGAAAGUGGUCUACGUUCAAGAAGACCAGUUCAGGAAGACGAACGACUACAACGUAGACGGAAAGAAUGGUUUAUACAACAGAAACGAGAACGGGAACAUGAAAAAUUAAAAAAAAAAAUGAUCUUCGAGUAUGAAUUACAACGUAAGAAGGAAUUAGCAAAAAGAAAUAGAACUGAAAGUAGAUCGCUAGAAAGUCAAAAUAGAAAUAAUGCAUCUACAGCAAACACAUCUACAGCAUUGACAUUAUUCGAAAAAUUAGAAUCUUCAGAUGAUACUUCAUUUUAUAGAGGACCAGAAGGUACUCUAAUUAAUCCAUCAGACUUAAGAAAAAUUAAAAUAAAUAUUCGCAGAGUUUUACCAGGAAAACCAACAACUGGUGAACUUCUGCGAGAUAUUGUCAAUCCUGAAGAUGUGGUGCUGAAGAGAAGAACGGGUAAAAUGUUAUUUUUUGUUUCGAUUAUUAACAACUUAAAAAUUUAUCUUCAAAGAAGUAGCAAAGGAGAAGGAUCUAAGCCUAUAUUUGAAAGAGAAAGAAUUGAAAAAUGUAAAAAUGAAAUUACAAAACCUCAUACAGUUUUAGUUGUAAAUAUUGAAAGAUCAGAAGACGAAAUACCAUGUUUAGAAGACGAAUACCACAACAAUGUUCCAUCAUGUUCCAAAAAUUUUCAACAUACAUCAUCUCGUUAUUCCAGCUUUGCUUCGCAAAAGAUAGAAGAAAUGGCAGGAUUGAACAAGAAUAUUUGUCAUCUCAUGUGCCAACAUUAUCUUCCUGUUCAAAAAGAAAAAGCAGUAUUCAGGGAAAGAAGUUGCAGUAGAGAUAGAAAUAAAGAAUAUAAAAAAAAGGGCAGACAAUAUGAAAAAUUAAGAACAGAUAAUGAAAAAGAAAAACUUUCACAAGAAAAAACAAGUCGUAAACGUUAUUCUCGUUCAAGAGAACAAGAGCAAAAAUCAUAUAAAAAUGAAAAUUCUUAUCGAGAAUAUCGAAAAACAGCAAGAGAACGAUCUCGAGAUAGAAGAGAACGAGAAAGAUCUGGAGAACAUAAAAUAAUUUCAUCUUUAUCGAACAAUUAUAACAAUAAUAAUAAUAAUAAUUAUAAUAAUAAUAAUUAUAAUAAUAAUAAAAAAUUAUAUUAUUGUAAUAUUAAUUAUAUUGAACAAAUUCCUGUUCCUGUUUAUUAUGGGAAUUUUCCACCAAAUCCAAUAAUGGUUAGACCUUGGGUUCCAAUGCAAGAGCAAAUACCAAGAUUUAAAUAUAUUCUCGUUCAAGAGAACGAGAGAAAAAAUCAUAUAAAAAUGAAAAUUCUUAUCGAGAAUAUAGGAAAACAUCUCGAAAUAGAAGAGAAAGAUCUAGAGAACGUUUAUCGAACAAUUAUAAUUAUAGGAAUAGCUAUAAUAAAAAUUUAUUUUAUAAUAUAAAUUAUAUUCAACAAUUUCCUAUUCCUAUUUACUAUGGAAAUUUUCCACCAAAUCCAAUAAUGGUUAGACCUUGGGUUCCAAUGCAAGAGCAAAUACCAAGAUUUAAAUAUAUUCUCGUUCAAGAGAACGAGAGAAAAA